AUGUCGUCCUCCCCCGAAUGCACGUUCUUCGAGGUCUAUCAGUCCGCGGAGGGCCCGGGUACGUUGAGCUGGGUUGAGAACUGGUCCAAGUCCAAGGAAUGGUUCGCCGAGCACCGCUCGUACAACCAAAUGACCAAGGCCUAUUACCAUGAGUAUAUGGCCGUGACGACGCCAAUGUAUGUUAGGCCUCGGAAGUUUAAGCGGAUGACCCGGGUGGCGCCGUAUGGUAUGGUGAAGCGCUCUAAUGGGGGACCUUUGUGGAUUGAGCGCGUGAGGGGUUGUUGUGUAUUGCCUACGUGGUAG